GCAUUUUGAUAGGCGGUUAAAUUGAACUAGAUGAACAAAUACAGACGCUAGAGAUACUGUACCGCAAAAAAAACUAUUAUCAAUAACGAAAGAAAAGGAAGCUUUGGAUUAGACACUAAUACCGAUGCAGGCUGACAUGUUGGCUGCUGAUGCCCCGCAAAAAGAAAAACAGCUGUAAUGCAAGGAAGGUACCGUUGCUGUUUUUGGAAUGUCCGCUGGAUGGCGCCAAACACCAGUAUGAAGCGCCGCUGCAGUCAGCAAGGAACCCUAAACAUGUUCCCUCUGUGCCAAUGGACCAAAACACGUCCGGGCUUCAGUGGGUAUCCCCUCAGUUUGACACGACAUUGCAGCUGCACUUUCCAGCACGGAGAAAAAAGCGCCACCAAUCCAGCAAUUCGUCACAUCACAGGAGCCUGCUGAACAGGAGCUCCAUGAUCACAGCAAAGAAAACCAGUGUCUGCAAGUUUCCAGCGUUGGCCUUCAAAGACACCCUGACACCCCCCCAGACAGGAAGGCAACUGGGCAUUGCUGCUCCUCUCAGGAAGAACACAGACCAGAAUGGGGGGCUGCUAAAAGACAUGAGGGGUUUGGGGGACCUGCAAAUAGAGACACCCCAGAUAGAUCACCCCGCUGGGCACAGCGUAUCUGACAAGACCCCAAGCUGGACUGAUGGAAACAACAGACACCCAGUUGGGGGCAAAACCCCAAGGACAAGCAGCAGGUUUCCUGAUUUUGAUAGUGUGUUUACUCCACCUCAACUGCGCACUCCAGAUGCUGAUAACCACCCACACCAGGACGGGGUGAGAGGCAGUGAGGCUUGGCGUGAUGUAGCCUGUGUUCUAGCCCCGUCUCCCUCAGACACUCCCCCCCCAUGUGACACCCUGGUGCAGGACACUCCUGAGCAGCAGUAUGGGGUGAAGGUGACCUGGAGGAGGAGGAUGGAAGUUAUGAAAUUCCUGAAGGAUCGAGGGAAGCUGUCCAACAGGGAAAUACUAGUGAACAACUUGCAGGGGUGACAGAUAGUUUAUAUUUUUUAAGGUGGCAUUGAUUGAUCAUUUUUUUGCCUUCAGUGCAAAACCUGCUUUAUCUAAGCUUAUUGGGACCAGGAGAAUGUAUUGUUUAACAUGUUCUCAGAGGAAAGAUGUAAAUCAAAGUAAGGCCUUAUCAAUCAGGGUUUUACAAAAUAAGGAAUGCAUGUUGUAUAAGUAUUUCUCUUUGGAGAACAAAAUAUGUCAUAACACUUAACAAAGCAAGUUGAUGCUGUCGUAAACUGAUAUGUCCAGGUAUUCUGAGGUCACUAACGCUUUGAAAUUGUGUUUAAUAAUGGUUAUCAAUAAUAAAAUAAUGCAAUUGAAUCUACCACCACUCACAAACUAUUAAUCUGCUGCUCAACACAAGAUGGCAUAUCCACACAUUUUUAGCCUUUGAUAUUUAUCUAGUAACUAUGAACAUUAUUACAUAUUAUUAAUUGGUAAUAUCUAACCAAACCACACCCUGCCGUGUUGCACAAAAUGUACUGAUUCUGGUCCAGUUUCUGGUAUAAAUACAUAUAUUUUGUAAUGCUGGGACGAACAUGGAAGUAGACAACGCGUUUUUUUAAGUAAUCCCUGACAUUGCUGUGUCUUCGCAAUAAUCAGAGUAAUUUUUAACUUGAAUAAACACUUAAAAUAAAAUAAACGUGGAAACCGUGUGUGUUGUACAAUGAAACAGCUCCUUAAUUUUCUUAUUAUAUUCCACUGAACAAAAACUAGGAUUGCAUCAUGAAAGAAAGUGAAAAUGUUAAAGCGCCAGCAGGACACGCCCCUUCGAAUACAUGUAAAAAACCAAAUCAUUCAGAUAUUUGUCCCAUCGCUAAUAUUUGGGGUCUUAAGAAGGUGGUGUGUACCUUUUAAGUGUUCAGUGCUGUUACUGUGUUUUAUGAAACUUUUCAGUGUAACCCUGUGACAUAUAAUGUUUCUUUCCUUUCGGUUGGAGGUUUCACUAUUGAAUCAAAUUGAAUAUGAAUUAAAAAAAAAAAGAAUAAUUGUGUUUAUCCUUCUUUUUUGUGCUCAUGACAGAUGCUGAAUUGCUAGCACAGGAGACUGAAUCCCUCUCUGUAUAUUCUUUUAAAAGGAUAGCACAAGCAGAGACAGUGGAAGCUUACCUGUGACAUAUCAAGCAUUCCACUGCUUCUCUGUUUGAGAUAAAAAUCCCAAUGCAUAGCAGUUUAAACCUUUUCCGAUUGUACUUGAUUGGCUGUAUCAUCUCGACUGGAAUAAGUGCCUUCAGUUUCAUUAUUUAUGAUGUUUGCAACUAUUCUGAGUGGCUUCUAUUGCAUUGCCUCAUAUACUAUUAUUUCUUUCUUUCUAUUUUUUUUUGGGAAAUUAUGUGUUUAAGUCCUUUCAUCUGAGCUCUACUGCUCUGAUGCAGUCUAGGCUAGAUUAGAGAGUCUUUAUAGAUAUAUCUAGUGAUCUUCACUUAAUAAACAAGUGAUCUCUAGUUUUGCUGACAAUAUUUAGCUGGGACUUACUAAUAUAAAUACAAUUUAGCUGAUGCAGCCUACAUUACGUACUGUAUGCCUGU